UAAAAAGGCAUUUCCCAUCCCAUUUCUCAUAUCAUUGGCUGUGGAUUACAAGGAAGAGCCACCAUUUCUGGUACCAUUUACCACUUGGUGCCAAGACAUCUAACCAAAUGCUGGCCUCAGGAUUAUGCUAAUUAACUUCAGGUCCAACUGCCUUGUUGCCUGGCGACAAAGUUUUACCCUAGAGGAGUAAGAACUGGGACAAACAAGAUAAGUUUUUGUUGGUGGUGUCCCUGCAUUUAUUGAUUUGCUUUAACUUUGCCAAACAACAGCUACUUCAAACUCUGCUUUUUUGUUUUUUCCUCUCUCCUCCAUUGAGUAAGCAACUUUGGAAAUGCCUGUUUUCCUGGCGUGCUUUAUUUACAAACCCCAGACACCAGCUCAUGCAUUAUUAAGGAGAGAAGGCAGCCUGCCCUGAGCCCUGGCCAGGAAGGACAGCUAGCAGGGGACACAGUCGGAUGUUCUCAGACAGAACCUUAAAAGAAGUUCCAUACUUUCUAGAAAGCCUGGGUGCAUCUUUUCCUAAUCUGCCUGGCUGUAGUUGGUGGGGGCACCUCUCAGACUUCCCUUCAUCCGCAAUGUCCAAGGCAAAUCAGAGUUCCAAAGUCUAUCUUCUAGAAUUUUCAUGUAACUCCUUCCUCAAACUGAUUACCAUCCAAUCAGAAAAAUAUUCUUCAAACAAAGUCUCUUAGUAAAAGAACAUGGCCCAGGUUGGGAGAGGCAUGAAGGGCAAGAAGAUCACCUUCAAUGUGGCCAAGAAUUGUAUUAGAAUUACUUUUGAUGGGAAAAGACGCCUCGAUCUGAGCAAGAUGGGACUUACCACCUUCCCCAAGUGCAUUCUGCGACUCAAUGAUGUGGAUGAGCUUGAUCUUAGCCGGAACAUGAUAAGGAAGAUCCCUGAAUCUAUUUCCAAGUUCCAGAACCUGCGUUGGCUGGACCUGCACAGCAACUACAUAGAUAAGCUCCCUGAGUCCAUUGGCCAGAUGACCACCUUGCUCUACCUCAACAUCAGCAACAACAAGCUGACCACCAACGGACUGCCUGUGGAGCUGAAUCAACUCAAGAACAUCCGUACUGUCAAUCUGGGUUUGAACCACCUGGACAGUGUGCCCACCACACUGGGUGCUCUGAAGGAGCUCCAUGAAGUGGGGCUCAAUGACAACCUGCUAAAAACCAUUCCAGCAAACAUCUCCAAGCUCCCCAAGCUGAAAAAGCUUAACACGAAGAGAAACCCUUUUCCAGACACUGAGCAGUCAACCUCAUUCAUAGAUUCCAUUAAAAGGAUGGAGAACCUGUAUCUGGUGGAUGCAAAAGAUCUGUGUGGGCCCUGCCUGCGGAAAUGCCAACUGGCCCGGGAAAAUCUGAACAAAAUGAAGAGCAUGGUUUUGCCAGGACCCAGAAAAGCCAUCUUCCCAAAUUUGGUCUCACCCAACUCCAUGGCUAAGGAUUCCAAUGAAGACUGGAGGAUGCGCACACCUUCCUGGAAUAGCUUACGACAAAGACAGGAAGAGUAAUCAACUAACAGGAAUCAGCGACUCUGAAGAGGAGAAGCCCUGAGUUAGGAGAAGACAAAGAGCGACACAGGGAACAUUCUGGAAGUCAGGCUCUCUGGUGCUGCCCAAGCCACUGACUUGCCUUAUGAAUAUCUGCUUUGCCUAACCUUCCUUUAGGAAAUGUAUGAGAAGGUGUGAAAAUGACUUGGGAAAAUAGUUGAAGUACUUUUUUAAAUGUAGAAGAAGCAUUUAAGAAAAUUAUUAAUAUACUAUUGACAAAUAAAGACAAAAAAAGAUGUUAAGACUUUAAAGGCUUACAAUCUCAACUUUUCACUCAACUGGAACAAUCAGACACCAGUAGCCUAUGAGAAGAUACAUAUAUAUAUAUACUGAAAUACUUCAAGCAACUAACAUUUAUACAAAAUAUUUACAUAGAGAAAUAAGCAUAUUAAAAUCUUUUAAUUAUGCAUAGGUAGGCAGAAAACAGAAAUGAAGAAUAAGAAAAAAUCAGAAAAUAAAAGAUAUUUAUGUCCCAACAUACCAAUAAUUACAUUAAAUGUAAAUGGUCAACUUUAUUUGUAACAGCUACAAACUAGAAACAAUUAAAUGUCCCCCAAUGAACAAAUGGUUAACCAAAGUCUGGAAUACAUCAAGGAAUACUAUUCAGCAAUAAAAAAGGAGCACAAUAUUUAUACAUGCAACAACUCAGAUGGAUCUCAAUGGCAUUGGUUUGAAUUUUAAAAGGCCAAAGAUUGCAUACUCCAUAAUUCUAUUUAUAGAACAUUAUCUAAAGGACAAAAUGAUAGAGAAGAAAAGAAGACCAAUGGUUACCAGGAAUUAAGGAUGGUUGGGAAUGGCAGGGAGUGGGUAUGAUCAAUAAAGUAGUGGUUCAAGAGA